AUGGAUUGCAAUAACGAAACAACGCGAAUAUUAAAUUCCGAGACAAUAGAACAAUUGCAAAAAGCUCGUGAUGAGGAGCUUGCUAAGGUACGCAAGUUGCGCCUUGUCCUGAAAGAACUCAAACAGUUGAACUGUAAUAAAAUGUUAAUUCCCGACAAAGAGCAAAUCGAAAAAACUUUGAAAGUCAUUAAAAUCGGUAACUAUUUAUACUUAAACGAGAAAAGGAGUGAAUGUCUUUUGGGUAAAUAUAAUUGUCACUUACUGGGGAACUUGAACGAACUGUGCAAAGUCAAUCUUAAUUACACGGAAAGAAAAGCCGUGAGGCAGCAGUUAUCAGAGAAAUUGCAUGCUAAUUUGACUCGUAUACAAGAUUUUGGGACUAAAAUGAGGGAUGAACUGCCCGAAUUGUUUUGUGACUCCGAGUCUCCGCACGAAGAGAUAUUAAGUCUGGAAAUGCAGAGAAAAUCGGACUGCGAACAUCUUGCCUCUUUGCGGAAUAAAAAAUGUCAUUUCUUAAAAGUGGCGGCUGAUUUAAAAAUGGGACCAUAUCUGGCUUACGAACUGGAUGUUGCCUAUGCCAAGGCUCGACAAAAUCAAACUAAAGUCAAUGUCUUACGUGGAUAUUUCAUUAAUGAGUUAUUAUCCCGAACUGAACAUAGUCUAAAGGCUAUAAGGGAAGUAGAAACAUAUAUUAAUGAUGACCUCGAAAAUGAAUUGUACACAAGCAACUAA